AUGGCACCAGUGAUGCUGGCAGCACAGAAUGCUCAUAGACAAGUGUUUGACUUUCUUGUGGGGCAAGGAGCCAAUACGUCAAUCUUGAGUAGAGCUGAUAUGAACAUCCUUCAUAUGGCAUGUGAAGGGGGAAAUGAUCCAAUAGUGAAGCAUGUCCUCCAACAGACCGUGACAGACAUUAACAGUAGAAGACGGGAUGGAUCGACUGCUGUCAUGCAAGCAGUGUUAAAUGGUCACAUAAAUGUACUUAACUUGCUCGUGAGUAAAGGUGUUGAUCUAACAAUGUUUGAUGAUAAGGGUUCUACUCUUCUCGAAAAGGCCAUUCAGGGAGGAAAUACUGAGAUAGUGAAAUAUGUAUUCAAUCAGACCAGGGUGGAUAUAAACAGGAAACACUGUGGGCUGACACCUGUAAUGCAUGCGGCAUAUUGUGGGAAGCUAGACGUUUUUAUGUUCUUUGUGCAAAAAGGCGCUGAUCUGUCAAUAACAGAUGAAAAUCAUGGAACAAUCCUUCUCAAGGCAUGUGAUGGAGGAAAUAUUGACAUAGUGAAGUAUGUUCUCGAACAGAACAUUGUUGAAAUAAACAGCAAAGGAAAGGAAGACCUAACACCAGCAAUGAAAGCAGCAAGAAGGGGUCAUAGAGAUAUAUUUGAGUUACUUGUGAAAAAAGGAGCUAAUCUGGCCCUAAAGGAUGAGUGGGACUUCAACAUCCUUCACCAUGCAUGUGAUGGAGGAAAUGCGGAUAUAGUAAAGUAUGUCUUCAAACAAAACAGCAUAGACAUCAAUACCAAAAAAGAAGAUGGAAGGACACCAGCAAUGAUGGCAGCAUACAAGGGACACAAAGAAGUAUUUGACUUACUCAUCAGAAACGGAGCAGAUAUAACUGUGGACGUGGACAUAUUCGACAGCAACAUCCUUCAUUUGGCGUGUCAAGGCGGAAAUGUGAAUAUAGUGAAGUAUGUCCUCAAACAAAACAGCAUAGACAUCAAUACCAAAGAAGAAGAUGGAAGGACACCAGCAAUGAUGGCAGCAAAGAGUGGACAUGGAGAAGUGCUUGACUUACUUAUGAGGAAAGGAGCUAAUCUAAGACUAGAAGAUACGUACGACAACAACUUCCUAUAUUUUACCGUCAAAGGUCAACUUACUGAAUUAGUGGAGUAUGUCAUCACCAAAAAUAUUGUGGACAUCAACAGUAAAAAUUAUAAGGGCAAUGCACCUGUGAUGCUGGCAACAGAAAAGGGAUUUGGAAAGGUGUUUGACUUGUUAGUUAGUAAAGAUGCUAAUCUAGGUAUUGUAAAUGCUGAACAGGAGAACAUUCUUCAUCUAGUCUUGGAUCAAACGUGGAGAUAG